GGUUGCUUCCCUCCCGUGAGCAUUGUGUUUCCAGCUGCGCCAUAGGGAGACUUAAUGUCUUAUUUGUUUUUGAUAUAAGAUGUUCACCGAGGGCUACUGUGGUGACGUCAGGGGCAAAGUGGGGAGCGUGCAGUCAGGCGGUGAGCGCAGAGGCGGAUAAGCGACACUCAACCUGUGCCGGUGCGCAUCUUUCCAAACUUGCCCGGCGCUGCAGCACGGAGCCAAACGCCCGGUCCCGGAGGUUCUUCGGAGCGCACCAUGAAUAACAAGUCUUUGAACCUGAACGCGAGUCCCCCGCGGGUCUCCGGGAGCGUGGACCACGAGCUCGUCAUCACCUCCACUUUCGGGACGCUCCUCUCCGUCGUCUAUAUUAUCGGAGUGUCCGGGAAUGUGUACACGCUGGUGGUGAUGUGUCACUCCAUCCGCUUCGCCACUUCCAUGUACAUCUCCAUCAUCAACCUGGCUCUGGCGGACCUGCUCUACCUCUCCACCAUCCCGUUCGUCGUGUCUACCUACUUCCUAAAGGACUGGUACUUCGGGGACGUCGGGUGCCGCAUCCUGCUCAGUCUGGACCUCCUCACCAUGCACGCCAGCAUCUUCACUCUCACGGUCAUGUGCACGGAGCGCUACCUGGCCGUCACCCAGCCGCUGGACACGGUGAGGCGCUCCAAGAGUUACCGCAAAGCCCUGGCGUGGGGGGUAUGGCUGCUCUCUUUGGUGCUCACUUUGCCCAUGAUGAUAAUGGUCACUCAGACCACCAAGAACACACCGGAUGGGGGCGUAAAGAGGAUGUGCGCGCCCACCUGGGCACCCCUGGCUUACAAAGUGUACGUGACCGUCCUAUUUGGCACCAGCAUCAUGGCCCCGGGGCUCGUCAUCGGUUACCUGUACGUCAAGUUGGCCCGCACGUACUUAGAGUCCCAGCGCAACUCCGUGAUCAGCAAAGGGGGCAAGCGUUCGCCGAAGCAGAAAGUUCUGAUCAUGAUUUUCACCAUCGUGCUGGUGUUCUGGGCGUGCUUCCUUCCCUUCUGGAUUUGGCAGCUGCUGCCCCUGUACCACACCAAGCCGCUGAGCUUGGCCUCGCAGACGCACACCUGCAUCAACUACCUGGUGGCGAGUCUCACGUACAGCAACAGCUGCAUCAACCCGUUCCUCUACACGCUCCUCACCAAGAACUACAGGGAGUACCUAAAGAACAGGCACAGGAGCUUCUACAGGUACACGUCCUCGUUUAAGCAGCGGCCGCCCAGCCUCUACUCCUGGGGGAAGUCUGCGUCCUCCAGCAAUCAGUUCGAGUUCAACUCAGAGACGCUGGUCAUGGGGGCACUCAAGUGACUAGCGGUCCGUGCGGGAGAGAGGAGAAAGUUUCUGGAAGCGGAACCACAGUAGGGCUCCUCCAAGCCGGUGGAAAGCGUGACCAUCCUUCGUCCGUGGAUGCCUCAGGGCAGGGUGGGGUCAGAGAUGGCGUGCGCGGGGUCGCAGGUGAAGGACACGGUGAUGGCGUAACGCGUCCCCCACGUUACCCUCUCAACG